UAAUAUGGAGGACCCAGUGGACUCAUUUGAUCCUAUUUAGGGUUAAAAUAUGUUGUAUUAUAACUUCAGAAGCUGAUAUAUUGCAUAGAAAUGGGUGGAAAGGAUUCAAAAUUAGCAUGUAUAACUUACGAAGAGGCGACGAAGAGAGUGACGGAGGCAGAGUUCAAGCGGUUGAAAGAGGCUUUCAAGCGAGCGUCCACUCUGAAUGGCUUGAUGACAGAGAACCAGUUUGUGAGGGAGGUGUUGUGGGAUGGAGUACCUGCCAAGCUAGCACAGCUAAUCUACCAGGCGUUUGGUGGCAGUCAGAAGGGGUUGACAUUCAAAGACCUGUUGUGUGGAAUGGUGGUGCUCACACAAGGCAGGCUGGAGGAGAAGAUCAAGUUUAUAUUUGGGAUGUAUGCUGACGACACAUACAGCUAUGUUCAGAAGGAGGAGAUGGACCGGCGGGUGCUGGAGACGGAGGGUCAGGUGUCCCAUGCCCUGUCAGCCCUUUUUAGAGAGAAUGAUCAGGUGGACUAUGAACAUUUUAAGGCAUGGGUGUUACGCCAUUCGGAGGCCACGAUUGUCUCUAAAUGGCUGUUGGCAGAACCUUCCAGUCUGUCCCUAUCCAACGAGACAGAGACGCCCACCUUUUACCAGACCCUGGCCGGCGUGACACACUUGGAGGAGACAGAUAUCAACGAGCUGGAGAAGAGGUACUGGGUGCUAAAGGCGCAGUCACGCUCAGGCAGGUUUGACUUUGAGACUUUCAAACCAUUGAUCUGCCCACCUGUGCCAGAGGUGCUGUCUGAAGGUUUAUUUGCCGCCUUUGAUGAGAACCGAGACAACCAUAUUGACUUCAAAGAAAUGGCUUGUGGGAUAUCAGCCUGCUGUCGUGGCCCUGUCACAGAAAGGCAAAAGUUCUGUUUCAAAGUAUUUGACUCUAACCAUGACGGGAAGUUGGAUCACAGUGAGCUGAAGUGCAUGUUGGAGAGUCUCAUGUUGGUACGGAAAGAGAACAAACCCCCUCAGGAACUGGAAAGUGACAUCUUCCACAAGUUAGACGCAGAAACUGUUACUAAUGAGAUUCUCUCCUCGCAUGAUUCAGACAAGGAUGGCUGCAUCACCAUGGAGGAGUAUUUGGUAUGGACAGUGAAUAACACACUCUCUGAGGACUUCCUUAACCUUCUAAGUCAGAUAUGUCAUAUAGUGCUGGGCUUACGCCCACAAACCAAAGAUGAGGAGAGAAAAAUUGUGCAGGGCUGGUUGGAUCGGGAAUCCCGUAAACCCUUACAGGUGGGCCAGGCCUGGUACCUGGUAGCCAUACAGUGGUGGAAUGCCUGGAGAGAUUAUGUCAAUCAUGAUGUGGAAGUUGUAGUUAACGGCCACAUAGCCUUGGGAGAAGACGCUGCUAAAGGUCUUAACCAGUCCCCCAGCAGAGCAAAGAUUGCCAAGGUCAAAGGGGCACAACCAGUCCCUACGGAGGACGACGCCUUUGUUGUGGUCACAAAAGUAACUCCCACUGGCGAAAGCCGAUUGGCGGGCACACCUGUCAAUCAGGAUAGAAACUUUAAUAGUAGUUCAUCAGGCAGCACGAUGAGGAACAGUUUAACGGCCGGACAUACGGACGGACUGGUGGGUUACUCACCUCAUAGCCCCAGCCCCUCACCGAAGAUGAAGAAGAAAACUCUUACCUCAUCUGUACCUCAGAAACCAGGAGCUAUUGAUAACACUCCACUGAUUGUGCAGAGUAGUCAGAAGCAACCUACAUUAACAAAUGAAGGUGGGAAACUGAAAAGAGACACAACUCUGGCCAGUGGUCGUGACUUUGAAUUAGUCCCAGAGCCAGUGUGGAGAGCAUUGUCUGGCUGGUAUGGUGGAUCUCCAGCUCUACCUAGGAAUGUUAUCUCCCCUGGCAGUGGUGACUGUCCCCCAGAGUUAGAACUGUAUCCAAUCAAUGUGCGUCUGCUGCGACACCAGGCUCCAGUCCAGCGGCCAGCCCCUGCCACCACAUUCACUGGUAUGAUGGCCGGAAUAGGAGGCAUCUCCUUCAAUGGUCCCAACUUUGUCUCGUCCAGCACCCCUCGGCGCUACUUAGCUUACACUGCUGCAUUCAGUCGACGUCACACGUUGCAACAAAUCUAUGACUUCCUGUGUUCUCGGUUGCGGUUCUGCCGAGAGGAUAUUCGCUUGUGGAAAUUUAAAGAUGAGCAUAAUAUGACAUUGUUGGAUGAUGAAGGGCUAACAGUGGAGGAUGUAGGAAUAGAGGAGAACACACAACUCAUAAUAGAGGUUCGGAACAAAGAUCUCACUUGGCCUGAAGAGAUGUCACAGUUGGCGAAAAACAAAAAUUUAAACAAGAAAGAUCAAACUCCGACAGACAAAGGUGCCACAGGCUUGAGUAACUUAGGAAACACGUGUUUUAUGAAUGCGGCUGUCCAGUGUGUGUCAAACACAUGGCCUCUCACGCAGUACUUUACAGGGGGGCUUCACCUCUACGAGCUGAACAGAACCAAUCCAUUGGGCAUGAAGGGUCACAUAGCUCAGAGGUAUGGUGACCUGGUCAAGGACAUCUGGAGUGGAACCACCAAGACUAUAGCUCCUCUCAAGCUCAGAUGGACCAUAGGGAAGUACGCUCCACGUUUCAAUGGCUUCCAGCAACAUGACUCACAGGAGCUUCUCAGCUUCCUGCUGGAUGGCUUGCAUGAAGAUCUCAACAGAGUUCAUGACAAGCCAUAUGUAGAGCUGAAGGACAGUGAUGGCAGACCUGACGCAGAAGUCGCUAAGGAGGCCUGGGACAACCACCUGCUGAGGAACCAGUCGAUCAUCGUGGACCUAUUUCAUGGUCAGCUCAAGUCUCAGGUCAGCUGUAAAGAGUGUGGGGCAGUGAGCGUGCGAUUUGACCCCUUCAACUACCUGUCCCUCCCCCUGCCCAUGGACAGCUGUAUACAUCUGGAGAUUACAGUAAUAAGGUCAGAUGGGAGUGUUCCCUUGCGGUACGGCAUGAGGUUAAACAUGGAUGAGAAAUAUCGCACCCUGAAGAAGGAGCUCUCCAGUCUGUCUGCCAUUCCAGCCAAUCAGUUGCUCCUCGUGGAGGUCUUAGGACCUAUCGUCAAGACAUUACCCCAGGACAACCAGAAGAUCCGUACUCUGUUAGGGGGAACUCUGUAUGCAUACGAGCUGCCCCCACCCCCUGACAUUGACCCCAUGACUGAGGAGGAAGAGAAGGCUGGGACAGUUGCAGAGAGUGUGGGGCUUAAUGAGAUUCAGAGGGGAAAACACACCUGCUGCAAAAAGGCCAGUUGUACUCCCUGUGGAGCUGAGCUGGUGAAUGGUGAGGGCCCAGGGGAUCAGCUUAACGGCCAUCCACAUCAGCUAGACCCUGCACAGACCAUGGGCACCUUACUAUCCUUAACAAAUAGCCCUGUUAAUGGCUCCUCCAUACCCACCAGCCCAGGGCACAGCCGCAACCCCAGCUCGGCCAGCACCAACGGUGCCUCCACAGAAAGCCUCCCCCGCACUGUCGGAGACAUCUUUAAUGGAUUUGUCAUAGGGGUGCAUCGCAAGAUGAUACACCUGGACGUCUACUUCCUGUCCUCCCAGAAGUCUCGACCCAGCCUGUUCGGGACACCAAUCAUCCUGCCGUGUCACGACAAGACAUCCAAUCAGGACCUGUAUCAGUUUGUGUGGACACAGGUUGCUAGACUAGUCAGCCCCCUUCCCCCAUCAGAGAGUAAGACCACCAACCAUGCCCAGGACUGCGAUGACAGCCUGGGUUAUGAGUACCCGUUCACGCUGAAAGUGGUACAGAAGGAUGGCUACACAUGUGCCUGGUGCCCCUGGUAUAAAUUUUGCAGAGGAUGUAAAAUAGACUGUAACAACACCCCAUUUCAGUUUGGAAGCUCCUUCCUGGCCAUAGACUGGGAACCCACAGCACUCCAUCUGCGUUACCAGACCUCACAUGAGAGGUUUUUUGAGGAGCACGGCAGUGUUGAAGAGAGUCGACGGUUACAGUCAGAGCCGAUUGACCUGGACACUUGUCUGCACGCAUUCACCAAGGAAGAGGAGCUAGAGGAAGAAGAGCUGUACUACUGCUCCAAGUGUAAGAAACACUGCCGUGCCGCAAAGAAACUUGACAUCUGGAGACUCCCACCCAUACUGAUCAUCAACCUGAAGAGAUUCCAGUUUGUGGCAGGCCGCUGGGUCAAGUCUCACAAGAUCGUCAAGUUCCCCACCGAGGACUUUGACCCCACCCAGUACCUGGCACCCCGCUGCCCUGCUGAAGGCAAACUAUCCAAUGGCUACCCUGAGUCACAUGACAUGAAUGGGAGCUGUAUGCAAUCUAAUCAAAACUCAGCCACAUCAUCUCAGGUAGCUGACAAGCGAGCAAGUAACAUGAGUAAAGAAGCUGCUAGGGGAGACGACUCCAGCAAAACUAAAGUAUCGAGUAAACCAUGUCCAGAUCCUGUGGGCAUCUCCAUGAGGACUGGACGACCUCAUUCUGAGAGUGGAGACUACAACGGGGUCCGCUAUAACCUCUACGCCUUAUCAUGUCACACAGGUAUUCUGGGAGGAGGUCAUUAUGUGGCCUAUGCUAAAAAUCCCAACGAUAAAUGGUACUGCUAUAACGACAGUUCCUGCAAGGAAGUUGCUGUGGACCAGAUGGACAUGAAUGCCGCCUACAUCCUGUUUUACGAACGUGCUGACAUGAACUACAAUAAAUUUUACCCAGAUAUUCGUGGGAAGGAGCCUGACAUGCAGGAAAUAGACGAUGAAUUUGAGACAGAAUUCAAGAAGAUGUGCGUGAUACAAUGAGGGGAGCACUCCCUCGAACUUGUGUAGAAAUCUGUGUAAUUAUGGAAGUGUAAACUUGUUGUUGUUGUUGUACAUUUGUAUAGCUAGCCGUGAAAAGUCUGUGCUCAUGUAUGAUUUUAUUUACCUGUGAUUGGCUGGUACAUAUUUGCCGAAGGAUGAUAUUGAAGAAUGUGACAUGCACAUACAUGUUUAUAUGUAGUGUGUUGUGAUCAGUACCAGGGGAGAUAACCAGACAGUUUACACUAUUCCCAUAUGUACAUUCUGUGAUAACUGCACCUUGUUCUCAUGAGACUGCAGACUGUUGAUGUCUUUUUGUUACUUCUAUACUAACCAGGUUGGACUGUACAGAGUUAAGGUAUUCUUAUUUUAUACCGUUAUGUAGUGUGACAUUUUAAUCUCUACCUACAUGUAGUGUGGUAUCAGGUUUAAGAGCUGUCAGUUUUAGCCAGUGAUAGAUGUGUAUUUACAGGUAAAUAUCCUUGUAGGUCAAGAGUUAAAUAAUCGGUGUUGAGUGAAAAUUAAAAUUGUGCCCUGCAUACUCAGUUUAUACACCCCUUUUAUAAAUGUAUAAGGCAUUUCACAUGUUUAGCAGGUUGACAAGAUUGGCAAGAGACCAACAGUUUCACUCUUACAGUACACUUACGUGUAUGAGAGCUGUGCAUUCUAUCUUUUGUUUGAGGCAUUCUUGUCAUGGGCCAAUUCCUUAGGGGGAAUUUGACAUGAGGCAGAAUUUCCACCUGUGGGGAGAGAGUGUGUGAAGGGUUUACAGGCAUCUCAGUAACUAGAUGCUCUCUGUCUUUCUAGGUUUGAGGUAAAUUGUACAUGUAUUAGCGUGGUGCUUGUAUCAGACUUACAUGUACACAUAUCUGCUAGACACACCCACCGUAUGUGAACUGUGUACAAAUAUCUGACUUGUAUCUGCCAGAUACAUCCACGAUAUGUGAACUGUGUACAAAUAUCUGACUUGUAUCUGCCAGAUACAUCCACGAUAUGUGAACUGUGUACAAAUAUCUGACUUGUAUCUGCCAGAUACAUACACGAUAUGUGAACUGUGUACAAAUAUCUGACUUGUAUCUGCCAGAUACAUACACGAUAUGUGAACUGUGUACAAAUAUCUGACCUGUAUCUGCCAGAUACAUACACGAUAUGUGAACUGUGUACAAAUAUCUGACCUGUAUCUGCCAGAUACAUACACGAUAUGUGAACUGUGUACAAAUAUCUGACCUACCCAAAUGGUUCUAAAAUUUCAUCCACAAAUGUACAUUUUCAAAGGCAGGUGAAUGUCAUCUUUAAUGCUGAAACCUACAUUUUCCUAGUGACAUAUUAUCCUACCUUCCAAACAAAGUUUAAAGCACCUUUCUAAAAUCAGCAGAACUCGCAGAAUCAUGGAAAAUGAAGUUCUUCUUAUGUUAUAUUUAGGUUAGCAGUACAGAUACAUGUGUCUGGCCUACAUAUCUGUCACAUAUCUUACUUUCAUGUAUUAACUUGAGUCUAUGAAAUAAUAUAAUCCCGUGUUUUGAGCAAAAGCCACUUCAUCCACUCCAGACUCCAGGGGUCCUAUUUGUCAAGCUUAAAGUGU